AGUUGGAUUAGUUCGUUUGUUUUUCUUUGAAGUUCCCGAUUUUGGAUUUCCUCUAUUCUUUUAAUUUCGGCUGACCAUCGCUAUCGAAGGCAGGAGCUGUGACUGUGAUAGAAGCCAGAAAAGAACGUUUGUGGGCCACAAGACCUGCAAUACCUUCCACACUGUUAAGACGUUGAUUGGAAGUCUGACUUGGACCUGCAAUACCUUGGUCAUAUAAGUGUCGACGAUUAGAGGUGUUACUAGAGAGUAACUCACAAAGGAAACGUUGGAAGUCUGACUUUGAUCGUCUAAAAGGAAUGUCUGGUGUUGUGAGUUUGCUGGAUAACGACCGACAGGCCUGAAAUAACUUCAUCAAUCUCCGUGUGAUCAGCUCUCUCUCGCUCCCUGAGGCUCCAGCUGACGCCCGAUGUAAACAUUACAUUUGCCGCUCCUGAAAAUGGUGGAAUUUUGUCAUGGGGAGCGGUUCUGGGACACAGGCUUGACGUGGACCAACAACUCCUGGCCUCAGUUCACCGACUGUUUCCGGUACAGCGUCCUUGAACUCUUCCCCUGCGUCUGGCUAUGGGUGACGUCAGCCCCCUACGUCUGCUACCUGUUCUCCCAACCCAGACGUCACAUGUCCCAGAGACGGCUCUUCUUGGCUCGACUCCGAUGCCUCAGAGCCACUCACCAGUGUGAAGAACAAGCCCACGUUCCUGGGUACGCUGGUCCGUACCUUCUGGCUGGACCUGUUUGUGAGUCACGUGGGCAUGGUGGUCUUUGUGGCCAUGAACCUCUUCACACCCAUCAUACUUGGCUGGUUUGUCAAGUUCGCGGAGAACGAGGGAGAGCCUCUGUGGCACGGAUAUGUCUUUGCCUUGGCUUUCCUGGUCACCAAAAUCCUCAUCACAAUCUUCAACACUUCUAGUCAGUUCCUGGCCGCCCGGAUGGCGGUACGAGUCAGGAGCACCGCUAUUGCAGCUAUUUUUAG